AUGGAAUAUCUUACUGAGGAGACGAGAUUACGGUUUGCGGACUACAAGAGAGCCCCGCAUGAACUCUUUGUGGACGAGCCAGUGGAGCGGCUUGCGAAGAGUAUCGUCGACGGUGCGGAUUUGGCAGUUCUUUCGGUUCGUGUGCAGAACGAUUCGAAAUGCUGCCGGUCAGGGGAAAGGUCGCGGUUCCUCUUUGAUGCAUUCUGCGGAUCUCAGACAGCUCAAAGCUCAUCCAUACUGGCUACAGCAGGCUCUUCAUCAGUCAUCGAAACUGCAACAUCUGGAAAUGUACUCGGUCGAUGGGUUAUUGUUGAAGAGUGUCGUUCAGUCUAA